UAAAUUCCGAUGCCGGGUAGCAGCAGAUAUCAGUCUACUGCCUGAGAACCAACCACCAACAACAACCAGCAACCAGCAACAUGUUCAAAUUCUUCGCUCUGUGCCUCUUCGCCGUCAUGGCCUGCGUGGCUGCCAAGCCCGCGGUGGUUGCCCCACUGGCGUACAGCGCCUACUCCUCCCCCCUGGUGGCCGCCUCCCCCUACUCGUCUGCCUACACCGCCGCCUACACAGCCCCCGCCUACGCCGCCUACUCCGCCUACUCCGCGUAUCCCUAUGCGUCCGCCUACUCCGCAUACCCCUAUGCCGCCUACUACCGCUAAUCAGGGACGGGCCAUUGAAAAAGGAUAAUCUGGACACUGGACACCCUCCCCUCCCCCAACAAUAUGGAUACUCCUAUAUGCACCUGCAA